CUCUCUUACUCAUCAUAAUACACUCUGCUUUUUCCUCUUUCUUCUCUCACUCUUACUCUGUCUUUCUUCAUCAGACCAAAAACAAACCCUAAUUUCUCAGCUCGAUUUCUCUCUUACUCCAUUUCUCAAUCCUUCACAAAAUGCACCAACUUCCAUUUCCGAGAUCGUAAAAAAGCUUGUGGUACUUUCUGAUAAUAGAGAGGGAAAAAACGAGAGAGAGAGAAAACACAAAAUGCUGGAAGCUCCGGUGAACAAGUCAAGCAUCCUCAAUGGAGGAGGAGGAGGAUUCUCUCAGCUACAGAGUUGCUUCGGCGAUUGCAGUAGCGAAGAAGAAUUGUCAGUGUUGCCACGUCAUACCAAAGUUGUCGUUACUGGAAACAACCGUACCAAAUCUGUUCUCGUCGGUCUUCAAGGCGUCGUUAAGAAAGCCGUCGGACUCGGUGGUUGGCAUUGGCUGGUUUUGACUAAUGGAAUUGAAGUGAAGUUGCAGAGGAAUGCGCUUAGUGUUCUUGAACAUCCUACAGGGAACGAAGAAGACAAUGAUCUUGAAGUCGACCAUUCUACACAGUGGAAUCAUCCCUCCGAUAUGACAACUGAGGACACUUUGAAGCCUCAUAAGUCGAAGAAGAGAGGACACAGAUCAUCGCGGUUAUCUCAAAAGGCUUUGUACAGGGAAGUUUCUUGUGACUCACACUCAAAAAUCUCGAGUAUUACUCCUCGUCUGAACAUGAAGGUUGAUCUUACCAAGUUGGAUAUGGCUGCAUUACUGAGAUAUUGGCGACAUUUUAACCUCGUGAGUUCAAAAGAAACAAUCUUAUGUUACUGAUUAUUGUGGAAGAGAGUGUUUUGUUUUUUACAACAGGUGAUUCAUUGAUCUCUUUUUCGUAUAGGUGGAUGCUCUUCCGAAUCCCACAAAGGAGCAACUAAUUGACAUUAUUCAGAGACACUUCAUGUCUCAGCAAAUGGAUGAGCUUCAGGUUAUUGUGGGAUUCGUUCAGGCUGCAACAGGAAUGAAGAAGGCUUGCCAAGUGGAAGACCAAAGAAGCCAGAAACACUGAUCCUUAACUGCAUCAGCUAAAUCUCCUUUAAUAGACUAACAAAUAUCUGCGCGGGUCACAUGUUUUAAUCAUUCCGCGGCUUAAAAAGUUUGGGUAAAUAGUUUAGCUCUCUCUCUUUUGGUAAACACUAGUAGUUGUUAUUGCUCUCUCAUGUAAUUAGGUCCAUCAAGAACAAAAUGAUAUGAAACAAAGAAAAUCUCUAAUGA